AUGGCUUCAGUCCGGCACUCAAUGCGUGAACUGAUGGCUAAUCCCUAUCACAUCACUGUUGAGAACAGGUUUGAAGUGUUGAACAAAAUCCUAAUGCCUUUACAUCUGAUUCCAUACGACAAACAAUUGUCGAUUAAGUAUCGCAACAAUUUCCAACUUCUUCAUCAGUUUGGCCAACGAUUACGAGCCGUCAACUCAGCCGUUGUGGUCAACAAUAAGGGUCUUCCGUGUCCUCUGGAGUUAGUGAAGGGCUCGCCAUUGACUCAACGCUAUAGAAAUAAGGAUGAGUUCAGUGUCUGGCCGGGAGUCGACGGCUUCCGCAAGACUGUGGGCUUCUUUGUCGGUCAGCCCUCUGUCCACAAAGACGUGUAUUGUGUAGAGCCGUAUCACAUGACCAUCAGUCGAGAGUCACAUCUAAGCAUCGCUCAGAAGUUCCAAAACUAUUUGAAAGACAUUUCGCAAUACGAUUCGUGUCAGAACUAUGGAGAGGGCGGACACUGGAGGCGCCUUCAUAUCAGGUCCAAUACAGAGGGACACCAUAUGGUGACCGCUAUUAUGCAUCCGCAAGAUCUCACUCAACAAGAACUGGACAAAGAAAUGUCGCGAUUGAAGGAGUACUUCGAUGGCGACGAACGGAUCAGUUCGCUAUACUUUCAGGCGUCCAGACAUACGCGACUCAGUGAUGAAAAGUGUCCGUUUGUGCAUCUCUUCGGUGACCGAACUAUAACUGAGACACUAUUUGAUAAAACGUUUGAGAUAUCAGUCGACUCUUUCUUUCAAAUCAAUACGAGUGCCGCAGAAGUGUUGUAUAGGAAUGUCAUCUCCGAACUGAACGCCACCAGAAAAACAACAGUUCUGGACAUUUGUUGCGGAACCGGAACUCUGGCCACAGUUUUAGCGCCAUAUGUUUGUCGUGUGAUUGGAAUCGACUCAUCCAAGUCUGCUAUCAGUGACGCGUGUAAUAACGCGGCCCUCAAUGGCGUCAAAAACGUGUCGUUCAUCGCCGGACCCGUUGAACAACAACUCCCAAAACUGAUGGACGACUUGUAUUCGCAGGACAUUGUAGUGGUGGCCAAUCCGACCAGAGCUGGUCUCCAUCCGAGUGUAAUCAACAUAUUACGACAAUUCAAAUCCGUCCGAAAGAUUGUAUUUGUUUCGUGUAAACCAGAGGGAUAUGCCUUCAAGAACUUCAUACACCUGUGCUCGCCAUCAGACAGACGUAACCGUCAGUGGGGAUCACCUUUUGUGCCAAUAAAUGCGGUUCCCGUCGAUCUCUUCCCCCAAACAAAUCAUUGCGAACUAAUCAUCACUUUUGAGAGGUUUUGA